AUCUCAACAAACUAAAUUUCACAUUUUUUUAUUUUUGUACACAAUUAAACUGAAAAUAAUUUUAAUUGCAUUCAAAAACAUUUGACGUGACUUUUGAAAUCGAAAACUCAUAAUAUGGCAACUAUGCUGUACGGAAACUGUAUUAUCGACUUCAAAGUAAAUUUCCAAUUAGAACAGCAACACAAAAGGAAUUCGUGAAGAAUAGGAAAAAUGAAUGCAUUUACCCUCUGUUCUAUUCUCCCACUCUGUUCGUUUUGUGCUAUUCUGUAAGAUAUAUUUUCAAAUCGCGAGAAAAUGUCGAUUUUUCAUGAAAAUUUAGUAAAAUCUUAAAGUGGCUUCAUAAUUCGGGAGUGUUGUGUGUAAUUAAUGAAAUCGAUGAAUUUUGUUAUAAAUUGUCAACAAAAAUUACACGCAGGUGCGUACGCAGUCGUGAAGAUAAAUUUACUGGGCCUGCUCCGCUAAAAUAACGAGAAAUUUGUCUAUAAGAUCCCAACAAAUCGAAUGUAAAAUUGAAUCGAUUAAUACAAGUGAUAAACUGUUAAAAUAAUUUGUUGCGAAAUAAAUAUCAACUUUCCGAGAUUUCUUGAGUUAUUUAACCAACACAAUAUCAAUUGCUGUGCGAUUUUAUUUGCUUUAAUAAUUUUUCUAAUCGCUGUAGUUGGCUUUUUUACUUCAAGUGAGCUUACUCUCAACUCUUCCAAUCCUUCUGUAAUCAAAAAUAGAGUAACUUUCCAAUCAAUUGUGAAAGUAUACUUUGAUUUAGAAUUUGUUUAAACUUAAAGGAAAACGAGUUAAUAAUAAGAGUGUAAUUCCCAUUACAUUCAAAUUUAGCUACUUAAUUAUGAAUGUCACUACGGUGUCAACUGGAACUGACUGCACAACACAACACUCGGUUGCAACAGCCAUAAAUACGAAGUCAUAUAAGAUUGAAAUGAUUGACGAUGGUCAGUUAAGUAUGGGAUCUGAUGAUGACGACGAGGAAAUGGAUAGUAGUGAUGGGAGUAUGUACGGAGAUGGGGAUUUGGCUCAUAUGGCUGCUCAAGACGAUGUUGCUAAUCAGUUAGCUGCUGCUGGACCAGUCGGUGUGGCUGCAGCAGCUGCUAUAGCUUCAUCCAAAAAGCGUAAACGUGCUCAUUCAUUCGAAACAAACCCAUCGAUACGCAAGCGUCAACAAAAUCGAUUACUGCGUAAACUACGUGGUAUUAUAUAUGAAUUUACUGGAAGAGUUGGAAAGCAGGCUGUGGUGCUGGUUGCUACUCCUGGUAAGCCAAAUACAAGCUAUAAAGUUUUUGGUGCAAAGCCAUUAGAAGAUGUGGUGCGCAAUUUGAAAAAUAUUGUUAUGGAUGAGUUAGAAAAUGCGCUGGCGCAACAAGCACCACCGCCACCUCAGGAAGAUCCAUCACUUUUUGAACUACCACCACUAAUAAUUGACGGCAUUCCUACACCUGUCGAAAAAAUGACUCAAGCACAGCUUCGAGCAUUUAUACCAUUAAUGUUGAAGUAUUCGACAGGACGAGGUAAGCCUGGUUGGGGUCGUGAAUCCACUCGUCCACCAUGGUGGCCAAAGGAAUUACCGUGGGCAAAUGUACGAAUGGAUGCACGAUCCGAGGAUGACAAGCAAAAGAUAAGCUGGACACAUGCAUUGAGAAAAAUUGUUAUCAACUGCUAUAAAUACCACGGUCGUGAAGAUUUGUUGCCCACUUUCGCUGAUGAUGAAGACAAAGUUGGUCAGUUAAUUUCCCACGCUGGCGAUGAAGAUGAAGACGAAGAGCCACAUAUAACAACAGUGCAAACAGUUACACAUGUCGGCACGAACACAUCAAAUCAGCAAGUAAAUGUUGUGAAAAUAAAUAGCGCAGGAACAGUAAUUACGACUCAUAACCCUAACUUACAAAAUCAUCAUCCCACACCAACAAUUAUACAGAGUACGAAUAACCAACAUGUGACCACUACAGCCACUCUGCCAGCAUCAACGAAGAUAGAACUUUGCACAGCUCCACCUCAACAAGUGACAAACCAUCACACGAGUACAUCGGCGGCACAAACCCUUGCAAACGCCCAGGUUUGCAUCGAUCCGAUAACUUUGGGAGACGUUGAUUAUUCGACACAAACUGUUUUGUCAACAAUUCAGAAUGCAGACGGGACAGUGUCACUUAUACAAGUUGACCCAAAUAAUCCAAUUAUAACGUUGCCGGAUGGUACAACAGCUCAAGUUCAAGGAGUUGCCACGUUGCAUCAAGGGGAAGGCGGCGCUACCAUACAAACUGUACAAAGCUUAACAGAUGUCAAUGGACAUGAAAACAUGACAGUAGAUCUGACCGAAGCUACGGUUGCACAGGAUGGACAAAUUUAUAUAACAGCCGAAGAUGGGCAAGGUUAUCCAGUGUCUGUAAGCAACAUGAUAACCGUUCCCGUUUCUGCGUCAAUGUAUCAAUCUAUGAUGGCAAAUAUACAGCAGAUACACACAAACAGCGAUGGUACAGUGUGCAUUACUCCGAUGCAGGUACAUUCAAGUAAUAAUAGAAAUAACAAUUAUCAGUACUACACUUUAAUGGCGGCACCAGCUACACAAAUAGCGGGACAGCGACUUCAAAUAGGUUCACGGAACCAAAAUCAUGCUAGUAUAUCAAAUACUAGCAAUAACGAUAACAAUGAUAGUUGUAGUAAUAGUAGUAUUCGUAAUAUACGUUGCCAAAUAUUAAACCCAUCUAGUUUAAGUAAUAACUCUAGUCAGCAGAGCCACCAACCAAAUCAAAUCCAUGCAAAAUUGUUGUUUGCCAGUGCAGCUAACCUUCAAUCAAGCUCAACAAUAAUUACAAACUCAAGUAAAUUUCUAAAACCGAUUUCUAAAUCCGCGACAAUCAAACGAGGUACCCAAAAACGCCGUAAACAACCUAAAGCUGUACCUAUAAAAUUAGAAGAAACCCAAAAUGAGGAAUUUGUAAGCAUAGAAGUGUUAGAAGAAUCAAAAAAUGAACAUAAUAUAAAAAAUAACAAUAUUAAUAAUAAUAAUAAUAUUAAUAAUAAUAAUAAUAUUAAUAAUAAUAAUAUUAAUAACAAUAAUAAUAGUAAUAAUAAUAACAAUAGCACUUCGGUUGAGGAAAUUUUGCCUCUUAAGGCUAUAAAAUUAGAAAAUAUAGAUAAAUGAACCACUUUAGGGAACCCACCAAGGUGUAACAAAUUAUUGUUAAUAAAGAAGCACUUCGACGUUGCUUGCUCUAGUCAUAUAGAUAGUAAAUAAUGUUAUAUAUGUUAUAUAUAGUUACACAUGUUAAUUAAGUUACAUGUUAAUUAAGUUACGUCAGAAUCCCACAAAAAAAUAUCUACACUUAAAAGAUUGUAGGGAGUACUCGCUACGAGUGUCAAAUAUACCAAAUUAUAGAAAUACCAAAUUAUAAAUUUAAUCAACGUUUUUCAAGUCUAAACUUGGGCAGUUGUGCAAUAAUGAUACGAGCCGGCAUUUCAAAUUGACGGAGUUUAAACGAUAAUACUUGAGGUUUAAAAUGUCUAAAAAAAUUUGCCAAAAAUAUCUUUCAAAGAAACAGCUUGAUAGUCAAACCAAAUAUUUUAUAUAUUUCAUUUAAUAAAUUAUCAUAUAAUAGUAAAGUUUAAUUUAGAUUUAAAUCAAGUAAUAUAUCCAAAUAUUGCAGAUUACUCUGAUUAAAUUCAGAUUUCACUGAAUGAAGCCAAUAUGAAAAGAAAAAUUAGAAUGCUAAGAGUUACUCUAGGAUCAUUAGAAACUGAGUUUACCCACGGCUUUCGACUUGAAUUACUUUCUAGGUUUCGUGUGUGUAAAUCUCAAAUAAUUUGCUAAUCAUUAAUAUAAUGAGUAUUAUCAGUGGUUCAAAUACUAUUCGAGUAGUUCGAAGCUUCUAGCAUUUGAUGUUCGCUUAUUCUUAUACUUGAGUAUUUAGCUCCAGCACAGCCAGUCAAAUGAAGAUAAAAACCAAGUAGAGUUCGAGUAUUAUUUGUUACAUACAUUUCUAUCUCACAUCUUUGAGUAGCUCGAAGUUUUUCCAAAAUUUAAGGUAUUUAAAUGCUCAAACACUUUGAAUCACUAAUUAUUAUAUACACAUUCUUCUGUUUUUCUUGCAUAUAUAACUGACUAUAAGAGAAUAUGAUUGUCUUUACUAUUUAUUAAGAUUUUUGGAUUUAUACAUUGUGAGAUGUAUAAGAUGUACAACACAUACUACAUACUGGUACUAUCAAUAUUAAGUAAAAUUUCGUUCAGAUCGGCUUAGAUGUUUUUGAAGUUAAAUAGUGCAUAAGAGUAAAAAUCUUCGAAUCCAAAAAUGUUUAAAACCUAUGUGUUUAAAAAAAAAUUAAGACAUCUUCCUUUCGAGAGAUGAUUUGGGAUGAGUUUACACACCCUCUGGUGUGUAUUCAAAAAUGUCAAUACGAAAUGAUUUUCGUAAUGAACAAUUCAAAUGUGCAGUAAAAUUUUGUUAUUUCUGUAAAUUGAAAUGUUAAUUAGUAAAACGGAAAAAAAGGUUUUUAAUUUAAUAUUUGUAUUUGUGUACACAUCGUGUAUACAUCGUCACACAUUUCCCUUUUCGCUACUACUUCUACAACUUUUUUCUAAAAGAUACUGGCUAUAUCACUGAUAUAUGUGCUGUGUCAACUGGUAAUUUGGGCAUAUAUUUUGAUCUGGAAACUCUUAUAUUUGCUCAGUUUAGAAUUCAUUGCUUUUCUUGAAAGUAGAAUUAUUUGUGAGUAGUUCAUCUGCUUGGCACGCAUCCAGCUUCUAUAGCACAUCUGAGCACACGGAUAGGAUAGAAGUGAUAGGAUAACACUUGAUUUCUUGCCAUUUCAUUUUAUUUGGUAUUACAAAUAUCGUUUUUUAAUAUAGUUUAAUUUUUUUUGUUAACAAAUC